GGGUCUUGUCCGCCACCACCCGGGCAGACGUAACAAGCACAGCUGCCAAAGGAGUCAGGGACGCCAUUGUUGUUGCAAAGGUUUGGAAUCGCCCUAGCUGCGAGAUUCUCCGUCUUUCGGGCAAGGACUGCACCGGCUAGAGCUAGACCCACAAAAGGAAUCGCAACAAUCGCUUUACCCUUCAUUGUUUGUAUAGAGUCAUAUCAAAUAGGUAGUAUUGUAGAGUACGAUAAGGACGUAGCAGCGAGAGCACUUUGCGUGAGGCAUCAGCCUCAAUAAAAAUGGCAUAUGGAGCAUUCCAUCUGAUCUAGAACCGUGCCCGUGUAUUACGACUCUUGUCGCGGUGACAUUGCCAUGACGCACGGCCCACGACAGAAGAUAGUCUAUCCAUUCGUUAGAAACACGGCUUGCAUGGGUUGCUCGAGAUACGCUACGAUCCUCUUCAAGGCCUUUAACUUCUUGGUUGGUCUUUCAGGUGUGGGCCACUUUGUGUUUGAGCAGGGUAGUGGGGAGCCAGGCCUGGUUUAGCCUAAGCCCUUUGCAGUCCAGAGC